AACAACAAAUUAUAUUUUGUGAUAUUUUUAGGAUUGUAUUGUAUUAUAAAAAAAAAUAAAUCCUCCUAGGGAUUACCUAUAUUCCAUUUACGGCUUAUUAUAUAUUUUUAUUGGAGAUGGUUACACAUUUAUGUAUUGAACCAAUCAAUUUUGGCGCAUAAUGCAAGUCGAAUUAAUUUACCUGGAAUUCAAAUGAGGACAAAAAAUUUUAUUUUCAUUUUAUGUAGUGUUAUUAUAAUUAGCGUGGUCUUAAUUGCUUUCGGUCAGAAUAAGCCGGACGCAAUUCAAAAUAUUGUCUCAACAACUCAUCAACAAUUUCGCCAUUUCCAGGAUAACCUUCGUGAUGCUGAGGCCAAAACAUUAGUGGCAGAUGGUAAAUACUUGAAAAGAUUGGGAUUCAUACAAUCUCCAAGAUUGUAUCCCAAUGAUAUUUGGAGAAACACCUCAUUACCUGUUAUAGUAACAAGUGUUCGAGAGGGACAAGAAAGUCAAAUUUAUGGACUUAUCAAUAAUAUUGCCAGAUUAUUUCCUAACAAUACCCUCUUAGUGUACGACUUGGGUCUCAAUGUAUAUACCCAGAAAUUUCUGCUCAAUUUUUGUAAUAGCAGUAGAUGUCAACUACAAAGCUUUUCAUUAUCUAAUUUUCCAUCCCAUGUGGGCAAAGAAGAUUCUCAUGCUUAUAGGCCUUUGAUCAUUCAAGAUGCAUUACAAUCUACCGGAGCCAUUUUUUAUAUAGAAUGUAAUUAUCGUUUCUCAAAACAUACAGCAAGCGAUAAAGUAUUUGCUCUCUUUGAAAAACUUGUGAAAGAUCCACAAAGAGCUAUAGUGACAUGGCCAAUGAAUUCCAACAAUUCUGUGUCCAGUUUAACACACAAAAAGAUGUUCGAGUAUUUUCACACCAAUGCAGAAAACUUCUUUUUUCUUCGUAUGGUUUCUGCGGAAACACUGAUGGCUGUUAAUACAGAAUUUGUGCAUCAAGAGAUAAUGCUUCCAUGGGUACAAUGUGCAUUGACCCAAGAUUGUUUAAUACCUAUUGGGGCACAAUCUGGUGGGUGUAGGUUUGAUAAGAAGCCACUAUAUAGGUACUCAGGUUGCCAUAACUAUGAUGUUUCAGCACUGAAUGUUGUUCUAGGAGUGAAAAAUAAAUUUGAUUACGAGCUCUAUACUUAUUUAGAGAGUGACAUAUCAUUUAGUAAAGUACCUCUUGAAAAAGCUUUAUCUUUAAUGAGGGAAUGUGAACAGAAUACUACAACAGAAACAAGAUACUCUGAUAAUUUAUUUUGAAACAUUUCUAUGAAAUAUUUUCAUAUGAUUUCAACCAUGAUUUGUUAUCAUUAAAAAUAAUGAUGAAUGAUUUUUUUCUAUUUGUUUGUUCCAGAAAUAAUAAAAUGUAUAAAAUUAUAUUGUAACUACCUUAAAUAUGAACUGUUGGUCAUGUCUAUAAAGUGUAGUAUCUGUGAUUUCUUUCAUGUAUUUUGUUAGUUGUUUGAAAAAAGAUGGUAGGUUAAUAAAAGUGAUUUUUCCAAGAUCUGAUACAAAAUAAGUUAAGAAUAUCAUGAACUAAAUUCUUUGAACUGCACAUACUCGAAAUAACUACAAACUCAAAAUAGAGGCUUUCGAUAUACGUAUAUAGUUAAUAGCCAAAAUAAUUUUUGUUGUGAAUUUUUCUAGUCAUAAAUCUUCUUUUCAUUUUGGCAUUUUUCUCUGCUAGGUUUAUGAAACAAUAUUAAUGUAUGUAAUGACGAUGACCAAUUUUAUUAUGUGAUAUUUCAAUUAUUUCUGUGACUAGGUAUUUAAAUUUGUUUCCUGAACAAAAUCUACUUGUGAUAAUUAUAAUAUUUUUUAAUAGAUUAUAUAUAAAUUAUCAUUCCAGAAAUAUUUUCAAUAUCUUCCAGUAAUAAUAAGAAAUACUCAAGUUUCUUCAGUUCGGUAAAAUAAUCUCCUUCAAUUUGGUUAAUGCAAAAUUGUCAUUUUAUAUUGCUUGUAUGAAAUGUUCUGAUUUUUGUACAUGGAUUGCUGGUUGAUAAUAAUUUUCUAUUUAGUAUUGGACUUGUUAUUCAAAUAAUGGACAAUUCAAAUGCUCCAAACAGAAGAUCUCUAACACCCUUCCCUAAAACUUUCAGUUUAUUGGUGUAGAAUCUUAUAUUGCAUUGUAUUAAAAUAAAACCAAAAAUUUGUAUGGAAUGAAACCAAA